AUCCUACCUACCAGCUCUCGCAACACUAGCCAGAAGCACUCCGUGAGGCGCUGUCUCAGCUCCGUGAUUGUGGAGCCUGGUUCGUCGAGCAGAUAUAUCAGGUCUGGGUGUCUGGGAUGAGGGACUGGACCGGACCACAAGUACUGUACUCUUCCCCAGACAACGAGACGAGAAGAGCAUCGAUCUUCCCUCGCUAGAUAGGAUGAGCAUCGCCCACUCCAAGUCUCCAAGUGAAGCACCCUCACAGGAGACUCUGAAGACGUUCGAAACCUUGGAGUUCCAGGAAAACAAACAGCUACCCGAAUCAGACCAGAGCUCCGUCGAAAGCCUUCCGAACUCUCAAACAGUUAUAGUCACCUGGGAAAACGAACAAGACCCUCUCAACCCGCUCAACUGGGCCACGUCGCGAAAAUGGUUCAACGUCUUGCUCAUUGUGAUGCAAGCCACGCUCUCCCCGAUAGCCUCGACCAUCCUGGCCAUUGGUGCCGGCGAGAUUGCGAAGGAAUUCGAACUGAGGAAUCCCAAGCUGCCCUCCCUCCCAACAGCGCUCUACGUGCUGGGUAUUGGGAGUGGACCGCUGGUGUUGGCGCCCUUCUCGGAACUGUACGGCAGAAGACUUAUCUAUCUGUCAAGCUUCGCCUGCUUUACUCUGCUCAACGUUGGGUGCGCUCUGUCGCCGAACAUUGCCGCGCUAUCGACGCUGCGGUUCCUCAGUGGAAUCGCUGGGUCUGUCGGGCCCAGUCUCAGCGCUGGUAGUGUGGGCGAUAUGUUCACUGUUGCGGAGCGAGGAAAGGCGCAGGCUCUUGCUUCCUUUGGGCCUGUGUUUGGACCGGUGCUGGGUGGGGUCAUCGGCGGCUUCAUCGUCUACCACACAACGGGCUGGCGGUGGUUGCUCUGGACGGUGGCCAUCGCCGCGGGCACUGUGACCUUUGCUGGCAUCUUCUUCCUCCGCGAGACCUACGCACCAUACCUGCUCGAACUCAAGGCAUCCAAGCUGAGGAAAGCGAACCCCGACGUCGAAUACCAGACCGAAACCGUAAAGCCCGCAGGAGGCGCCAAACGCAUCAUCGCACAUUCACUCGGACGGCCUGUAAGAAUGCUGUUCACGUCGCCUAUCCUAGCUUUCAUGGCCAUCUACCAGUCUCUCAUUUACGGCAUUCUCUACCUCCACCUCAUCACAAUCCUCCUCCUCUACGGACCCACGCCCCUCUACGGCCUCUACUCCUACCAAUUCCAAUCCGGCCUGACCGGCCUCGCAUACCUCGGCGCCGGCUCCGGCGCCUUCGUCGGCAUGGUCCUAACCGCCAAAUUCAUGAAUCGCUCCUUCGCCGCCGCGCUCGCCCGCCAGCAACGCAAGACCGGCAACGCCGUCCCCACGCCCGAAAUGCGCAUCCCGUUCCUGCAACUCGGCAUGCUGGUCGUCCCCUUCGGCCUCAUAAUCUUUGCAUGGAGCGCGGGCAGAUCGCACUGGGUUGUGCCGCUCAUCGGCGCCUUCUUCUUCGGCAUCGGCAUGCUGAUGGGCUAUGUGUGCAUCCAGUCAUACCUUGUUGACUGCUUUGGGCGGUACUCGGCUAGCGCGCUUGCUGCCGUUAUUGUGGCGCGGUGUCCGAUCACGUUCCUUUUCUGUUUCUUUGGGUUCGAGAUGUAUAGGAAUCUGGGCUAUGAUUGGGGCUCCAUGCUACUCGCCUUCCUCUGCAUAGCCAUGAUUCCUAUCCCCUUUAUCUUGAAGAAAUACGGUCCGCAGCUCCGCGCAAAGCAGACCGUGUACUAAACAAGUACGACGCGUUCACCGCACACUUCUUCAACCACAUUCACAUUUCACUUCUCCUUGCAUUUUUAGACUAGGGCUCAGCGGAUUUGUAUAUCGUCUUC